CUCAAGCUAUCUAGGCUUCAGGCGUAUCUCCUUGGAGACAUGUGGCCCCGAGUGUCACGUAAUGCUCGUCUUAGGGCUACUUUUUGCCAUUGCCACCCUUCCUAGUGCAGGCUCACUCGCUUGGAGUCUUACGUCUUGUUCUGCGGAGUUGGCUGGUCUUUACGAUGUCGCAACGGACACGGUUGGUGUGACAGUGCCUAGCAGCUGCGAUUCGGGUACCCUGCAGGUCGGCUCAGGUGGGAGUUGGAGCACUUGCACUCGUACCUUCAAAGAGCCAGUGCUUGCGUUCACAUUGCCGGCUUGGUCAAUGAUGGCAGAUGCCGUGCGAAAUGCUACUCUGACGUUGACCCUGAAUUCCAAAAUCAAUGUUGGAACUAUGAAGGUCAAUGUGUGCGGUAUUGGCGUCCGAAAGGCAUUCGCUAAAUUGUCUGGUGAUUUUCAUGCAAACGCUGGCUGUAAACAAAACGAGUCUUUAGUGGGCGAGGGCAUUUUCGAUGAGAACAGCGCGGAUGGCGCUGUGGCUACAGUAAACCUCACGAGCUACAUCAGGUCGCUCUAUGCGUCUGGGGAGGUGUCUCUGGGUGGUGUGGGUUUCUUGCGGCUUGGCGGCAGUGAAGACAUAGGCUGUUCCAGCUCUUGUUCCAGCGGGUGCCCAAUCAGGCGAUACAUCUUAGAGAAUACCGUACUUCUGCAAAUCGAGGCGGAGGCGCCGUUGGAGUUGCCUGCCUCUCCUUUCGCCUACUUCGAAAGCGGAACGCUGCAGUACCAAGACUUCGGCAGUGGCGAUGUGAUCCCAGACUUUUCCGGAGUCGGCUUCAAGUCUGGGCGCGAAGCAAUUCCUACAGCUCCGGUGCGCAAGGUUGUCGCUGCUUGCGGCCCUGGGCUCGACUGCACCACGGUUCUGCAGGAGGCCAUCGACGAAGUCUCCGGCCUCCCCGAGGGCUCCGACGGGUUGCGCGGCGCGGUGCUCCUGGGCGCAGGGAGGUACGAGGUCAACAGCACGCUCUUCAUUCGAACUGGCGGUGUUGUCUUGAGGGGCGACAAGGGCGGUGCCGUGAUCGUUGCAACGGGCGAGCGGCAGUAUUCGGUCGUUGAGGUGGACAGCGCGGCUGGGACCGAGUCACGCCAGGAGGUACCAGGAACACGCGUCGCGAUCAGCGACACGUACGUGCCCGUCGGCGCGAGGUCGUUCCACGUGGCAUCGGCGGCAGCCUUCGCGGUGAACGACACAGUCGUGGUGACGUUGGAUAUCCCCCUUGUGCAAUCGAUAUCUGCGGACUUUGGUGGCGGGGUCGUCUUCAAGUAUACCUUCGCAGAGAGGCCGAGACUCGUCGGAAUCGAGGACUUGGGCUUCGACUCGACAUACACAAGCGAGACGGAUGAGCAGCACGGAUGGAACGCCGUUAUGUUGACGCGUUUGGAGCAGGGGUGGGUUCGGCGAAUCUCGUGCCGUCACUACGGCUUUGCGUGUGUAAAUGUUGGAAGGCGCGCGAAGCACAUCACAGUCUCCGGGUGCAGCAGCAGCCAGAUGAUCUCUGAGAUCGCCGGGGGCAGGAGGUACACAUUCAAUGUAGACGGGCAGAUGGUCUUAGUGACAGGAUGCUCGGCAGAGGACGGCAGACAUGAUUAUGUUACUGGUAGCCGCGUGGCGGGCCCAAACGUGUUCCAUAACUGCUCGGCGUCGCGUGCGCACUCAGAUGUUGGGCCCCAUCACCGGUGGGGUGUGGGCCAGCUGUACGACCGCGUCGUGUCGGACAACGCAGGGAGAGUGUGGAACCGCGGGAACUCGGGAUCCGGGCAUGGCUGGAGUGGCGCGCAGGUCGUGUUUUGGAACUCAGAAUUCUCUUCGAUGCUGGUGGAGGCCGCGCCAGGUUCCAGAAAUUGGGCGGUGGGUUGCAAGGUUUCUGGGUUUGACCCGUACGCUGACGAGCCAGAGUCAAGCAUCGAUGCCGUCUCGACCGGCAGAUGCGCUGUGGGUUCUGUAGUAGGCGAGUGGGACAGCGUCAAUCAGGAAGUCGAGCCAUUUUCUCUGUACGAAGCUCAGCUAUCAGAGGCUAUGGCCACAUCUCCCACCACAACGACCACGACAGCGACUACAACGGUGGCGAAUCAGGCUGCUGCCACUGGCGAUCCUCACUUACAAAACGUUCAUGGUGAGCGAUUUGACCUGGCGAAGCCAGGAAAGCACGUUCUGCUAAACAUUCCUCGCGGGACAGACGCCAAAAGCUCAUUGCUGCGCGUGGAGGCCGAUGCGCGUCAAUUGGGUGGACGAUGCACGGACAUGUAUUUCAAAAGUUUGAAUGUUACAGGAGCUUGGGCAGAUAAGAAGCACGCAGGAGGAUAUCGUUACGAAUCGGAGGGUGUUGUCAAAGAGACUCCGGCAUGGGUCGCGUUUGGUCGGGUUGAGCUUAAAGUUGUCCGCGGGCACGCAGAGCAAGGCAUUACGUAUUUGAAUUUUUACGUCAAGAAUCUGAGGCGAACAGGCUUUGUUGUGGGAGGCUUGCUGGGAGAAGACGAUUUUUCGGAGGCUGCCAAGCCUGUGGCAGCGUGCAUGCGGCGCAUGGAUCUCGAGAGAAAGACUGCAGACAUGCGCGACCGUAGCUCCCCUGCGUUCUCAUCUGCAGCAGCCAGCUUUUAAGCACAGCGUUUACGGUGCAUGCAGAGACGCGGAGCCUGGAUGUCCAGAGGUCGGAGUUCCUCAGGGUCCCCAGCCGCCGUCACAGGCUUCGCCAGACCAUGCACCAGUCAGGUCUCUUCCAUAACCUCUGUUUCUGUGAGCUCUGGACUGCGCUUCAAUUAGCAGGUGCGUCUCGGCACUGACCUUCCUCGUGGGGCGCUUUUCUGAAUGAAACAUAUCCUA